AUGCAGCAUCUUGUGAUUCUACCAAUGCAACCCUACUAUUUGCCUCUUAACUAUUCAACACUGGCAGAUAAACUGAAAGAGCAAGGAUACAUGAAUCAUAUAGUUGGAAAAUGGCAUCUCGGGGACUGCAGUUGGUCAAUGACACCAAUGUGGCGUGGAUUUGAUUCGCAUUACGGAUGCUACCAAGGAGCUACAUCAGAUUUUGAAUCGCACGUUUUAACUUUUCCAUUUCGAGGCCCACCAGUAGGUACGGGUAUUGAUAUGAGAGAUAAUACCGGAGUGGUUACACACCAAAACGGAACACAUAACACGUUGUUAUUUUCAGAAAGAGCAGAACGGAUUGUGAAAAAUCAUAACCCGGAAUCUCCAUUGUUUCUCUAUGUUCUGUUUAUGGCGCCACACUUCCCUCUACAGGCGCCAAAAAGGUUUGAAAACACCGUGGAAGUAGAUGAUAUAGAUCGGCGUACAUUUGCAGAGUGGGAAGUGUGUACAAGAGAAUUAUUUAAUUCCCUGUCAUAUUUUAGGAAUGAUUUAAAAGAUAAGGGUAUGUGGGAUGACACAAUAUUCGUGUUCCUCAGUGAUGUAAGUAUGGGUGUCAUUUUACAUUUCAGUAUUUGA